AUGGAACUAAUCAAGAGCACGCCAGCUGCCGGAUCGGAGCAACAACCGCAGCAGCCCCAAUCAAACGUGUACGAUGAAAUACGGCAGGAAAUUGACAAAAUGGACCCGUACGCCGAAACGAUCACGCUCACCUACCAUCUGCGCCAGUUUGCCGAACUGUUUCUAAGGCGCAUCAACGACGAUCAAACGCUCAAUACUCUCUUCGCUCACCUCAACGAGGCGGCCCUGGCGGAUAACAAGUUCGCCGUCAAGAUGGCGACCGUGUUCGGCUCACAUCAGCUCGGAGACGCCAUGAUACAGGAGACGAAAAUUCGCAAUGCCAUGAUCGGUACGCUGCAGCAAAACUUCCUCGCCAUCGAGCGGUUGAAGCAAAGUGAUCCGCAGCGUUUCUACAACUCCGUCACGCUGCUCGGUGAGUACUACAACCGGAAGAAGGUGCUUAACGGCCGGCGCAUCAACAUCCUCGGCCAGUCGUUGCUGCUGCUGCUGACGUCCGAGCUGGAGCAGGAGAUCACCAAAAGCGCUGCCACACAACAGCAACCACCGCACCAGAUGGAUGCCGAGUUUGCGAAGCUCCUGCUGGAGCAGAUAACACUGAACGGUGCGGUGGCGAAGGAAGACCACCGGAAGGAAAUCACCGAUCUGCUGUUCACGAUCCGCAAAGCCCUGAUCACCGUACCCAAUUUGUGUUCACGAACAAAAGCCUUCCUCCUGAUGGCGCUCGAUCUCUACCAUUCGAAUCUGCCGGAAGAUUUGUUCGCAAAGCUGUACAGCAAGUAUCUCAGCGAACCUCAGCAACCGGCGGUUCCAACCACAACUUCUACCCAAUCAAUUGAAUCGGUUCGCGAGGUGCCGCCUAGCGGUGAAUCGAAGCAACCCACGGCAAAUGGAGAAUGUACUGUUCGGGGGCAGCAGGAAAAAUCAUCACCGGAAGCGGUGGUCACACCAAAAGCCACUGGAAUCAGGGCAAACUCCAACUCACGGGGCACACCGGCCGGUGUUGGGAAACCACCAUCCCCCCAGAACGGUGCGCGCACAAUCCACGACAAGGAAAACACUCGCCGGUCAUCGUCACGCACCAAAGCGGCACCGGAAAAGAAGACACCUCCCGCGUCGCAAGCGUCCAAGCGAAACGUACGCGUCAGCGAGGACGGAAAGAUUGUGGCCACCAUUACCCGCGAUUCACCGGCGUCGCCGACUAAGAAAGCGCCACCCUCGCCAACGGUCGGAACCAUUCGGACGGAACGUUCGCCGGUAAAAAAAGGACUCUCCCCACGGUUGGAACGAUUAGCAGCACUACCGAAGAUUACCAUCACCUGCUCGACGCCGUCACCGAAGCGGCAGGCGGGUAACACCUCGGCCACAUCACCCCGGGCCGUUCUCGGUGUGGCGUCGGCAAAACAACAACAACAACUAUCGCCAAAGCAACCACCUAAAAGCCCCAUCCGACCGCCGACCCCGAAAAGCGUUCCGGAGAUGCAAAAAUCUCCUGGGGGUAAUGGUCAAAGUAGGGCUACACUUUCAUCACCCGCCCAAGGCACGAAUUCGGUUGAAACAAAUAAGUCAACAAAGGCUCCACAUGAUGCGGGAACUUUACCACCGAAAGAAUGCGGCGUCGGUGGCACUGAAAAACAUCACGAAAACGGUAAGACUACACCGAAGUCUUCGCCAUCUACCGAAGUCUCGAAAGAACUGACUAAUCAGAUGUCUAAUGGAAGAGAACGUAUAAACAAAAGUGAUUCAUCUUCUCUACACGCCUCUAAUGAUGCAGGCAAUCCUCCGGUCCUAGACAACGGUGUGACCGGAUCUGUGUCGAAUGGAACCUCCGACGGCACAGUGAAAGCUGAAAAUACCCAAGAAGCUCCCGAAGGUGCACUGAAACCCACGGUGAAAUCAUACUUCCGGGAGGAUAACAUGGAAAAUCUCUCCUGGGACGCCAUGAACGCGCUCGACGAUGACUCGCCGCAAAAGCUGAACCCUCACACGAAAUCGUUCCUAUCGUUUUUGGCCGAUCAUUGAUGUUGGGGCUGGUACAGUCGCUAGUCAAAAAGGGCAAAAGGAUACGUACUACUAUUACUACUUUUUGGUGGAUCUGAAGUAUUGUCGUACCUCACUCGGUCAAUAGAGGUAAUUGGGAAGAAUUUAUUUUAUAUUAAACUUUAUAUUGUGACGAUGGAUGAGGUAGAAACGAUUGUAGAAAUUAUAUAUGAUUGUAAACUAGAGAAGAUAAAAUUCAUCAGGCCACAGCUCAUCGAGAAAGACUGCUCAGAUAGAGAAUUAAUUUUAAUGGCAACUAUUGUAUAAAAAAUAAUGGCACGAUAGUAUACAAA